AACAUUUGACAGCAAGGAUUACUUCAAAGUUCAAUAUUGUAGAGUGUUGUGUGUUACAAAACUUACAAAUCUAAUUUGUACCUCUUACAAAUUAUAUUAACGAGAUCUAUUUAUAAGAUUGUGCUAAAACAACACAAGGUUAAGUAGGAGUAGUAACUUUAUUAGACAUUUAAAAGUAAAAUGGCAGAAGAAUUAAAACCUGUUAAAGACGAAGACCUAAAACAACUCAAAGAACGUAUGCAACUAAUUGCUGAGGCAGAUCCAUCACAAUUCCAUAAUGAUUAUUCCUUGAAGAGAUACUUAAGGGCUUUCAAAACUGUGGAUAAUGCAUUUCAGGCUAUUUUAAAAAGUAACAAAUGGAGAGUUGAAUACGGUGUAGCCAAUUUGCAUGAAAACCACGAAUUAAUUGAGAAAUAUUCUAAUCGAGCUAGAGUUCUUCGUCACAGAGAUAUGAUUGGGAGACCAAUUGUAUACAUUCCAGCCAAAAACCAUAGCUCCAGUGAUAGAAGUAUUGAUGAGCUUACAAAGUUUAUUGUCUACUGCUUAGAAGACGCAAGUAAGAAAUGUUUUGAAGAAGUUAUUGACAAUCUUUGUAUUGUUUUUGACCUUAAUAAUUUCACAUUAUCUUGCAUGGACUACCAAGUUUUAAAAAAUCUCAUUUGGCUUCUUAGCCGGCAUUAUCCAGAAAGACUUGGCGUUUGCCUCAUUAUAAAUGCACCAACAUUUUUCUCUGGCUGCUGGGCCGUUAUAAAAGGAUGGCUGGAUGAAAAUACUGCUGGCAAAGUUACUUUUGUCAACUCGGAAAUGGAUCUUUGUCAGUACCUGAUACCUGAUAUACUACCAACUGAUAUGUAACAUAGAAAAACUUCACCUACCUGUAACUAAAUAGUUAGUGCUAGUCAUUUUAACUAAUACAAUAUUAGUCAAUGUAGACCGAUCGUCUUAACUUAUAUGAAUAACAAUCUGCUGUUUUAACUAAUUCCUAUUAUUGAUAUACUUCAUUUUUAUUUCAUAAUUCGUGACUAAUAUUUUGUUAAUUAUUAUAAUAAUCUUGAUUAGAUAUAUACAGUUUUGUUGUCUGUUAUCCUAAAAACCAUAAAUUCAUUAUAGAGUUGCCAUAUUUGAUUUACGAAUAGAAAUCUUAAAAAAUUGCCUAAUUAUCAUACAAAUACCAAAGAUAUUUCACACACCUCUAUUUUAUAAUAAUGUACUCUUUGAAUUUUAUCGUUAGUUAUGACAGUAUGCUUAGUACAAGUUUGCAUUGUCACUUGACAAACAAAGUGUCUCAUUCUUUGUGCCCACUGCUGGGCAAAGGCCUCUUCUUACAUGGAGAAGAUUAGAACAUCAAUCACCAUGCUUGCUCAAGUCGGAUUUGCGAUUACAAACCUAUUUUAUAAGAAAUUAUAAGUCUAAAUUUCCUCACUUGAAAUAAAACUUAAAUACAUAUUUAUUAUUUAGUGUUACAAUGUAAACUUGGGGCGAGCAUGUCGUUUAUAUCAUAUUCUGGUCAUAAAAAUUAAUUUCUUGCCAUUCCAAUUUAAGUACAAAAUGUAUCGAUUUUAUUUUGUUGUUUUCUUAAAUGUUGUAAUUAAUUAGUUUAUAUAUGAACAUUCAUGUUUUUGUAUACUGUAGACGUAAUAGGUAAUUUAUCGAAAAGAAAAAUAAAUGUCAGAACAGAGGCAAAUUAAAAUGCACUUCAUUCUAGUUAAGGUAAGCAACAAUAUAAAUUUGUAAAAUAAGUGAAAUCUCGAACUAAUUUAAUAAUAAUUAAUAAUUUUCCAUGAAUAUUAUAAACCCUUUGAAUUAGGUUAAUCAAUAAAGGUAUUCUUACAUUAAAUUCCUACCUGUAGCAUUCAUUGAUUUUUUUUUUCUUGACAAUUCCAUACAAGGUAUGAAUUUACUAAAUAAGUAUAACCUUGAAUAAAUCAAGAUUUUAAACACGAAUGAGAUUAUUAUUUUUAUUGUAUACAAUUUUUAAGUGUUAUCUCAUGUUUAAUGCGUUCUGAACAUUCCUAUAUCUCAAAACCAACACCAACUAAAUUCAGUGAGAUUAAGUUAUAAGUUAUUUUGCUUAUGAUCAAAAUAUCUUAAUACAAUGUUUGUAUAUUUUAAAUAUUUUAAUGUUAAUAAUUUAAGAUAUAUUAUUUGUAGUUAUAUGAAUGUGAAAAACUAAGAAAUAAAAAAUAUAAAACAGGGUAACCCAAAA